UAGUCUCUAAACCAGUUACCGCUUUGAUCUGUUUGGUCUGUUAAUAGUUUCCACCGUUUUACCUUAUCUCAGGUCUUUCUGUAUCUUGAGGUCCACUUUCUGCAGAGUUUAGCUGCAACCCAAACAGACACACCUGAUUGUCAGCAUUGCCAUUUUGUACAUUAUUUUAAAACAGUUGUUUUCAACAAGUCAAAACAACAGCGGCAUAUGAGCUACUUAUUUGCUAAAAAAAAAAAAAAAAUACCUUUUUUUCUUACAUCUGUUAUUGGAGAAGUUAUGUUGUCGUUAGUUACAUUUAAUCACACCUGUAAGCUUGGUCGCGUCACUGCGCCAUCAGAUUCAUCCGCGCAGAAAAGAGGAGCCGAAGCACAACUCAGGCUGUCUUUGCUCAGUUGUGGCAGUCGCAGCCGUACUGUUCGCAGAAUACUUGUUGCUUGUGUCAUCUCUUUCCUGGCGCUUCUCUCUGCUGUGACCAUGGACUUCAACUUAUCUUUGGCUCAGUGGCAAGCAACUGAAGCUUCGCUUAAAGAGCUUUCGUCCUGUAGGACAAACGUUACGCUCAGACUCGUUAUGGAGCUCCAAACAUUAAGAAACCUCAGAGAGAAUACAGUUCAUCAGAUCAAGCAAGAAGAGUUUCUGAGCUCCUGCUCUUUGGUACUGCUCACAGUUCAUCGUUGUUGUGCUAGUACUGAUAUGGACAGUUUGGGUCAGCCCUGUGGUGUUGAGUUACUUGAGUUUUGUGAGCAUCUUCAAUCCAACCUUUCAGAGUUUCUCAACACUACAUGGAGAGGCGAGAGAAUGGAUGCUAAUGAUACCACAGUUUUUACUAUUGCAAUUGAGAAGAUAUUAAACGCAUGGGGAGUCAAAGAUGUUGACAUCGGUCUCCUCAAACACAACCCGGACUGGACAGAUGUCCUUGCUCUGAAACUGCUCUUAACUGUCCAUGAGUUGAGCUAUCGGUUGAUAACAGGUGAAAAGAAGGUUGAUGAUAUAACACAUGCAACAACACUCAUGUCAGUCUUAAAAGACAUGUCUGAAAACCUCCAUCACUGCUGGAUGGAAAGCACUGAUUUCGAGCUAAACCAGACUAAUAUAAAAGAUUUCAUUUUCUCUGCUGCCACAACAUCCAAUGGAUCCACUGAGUUCAUGUUGGCCUUGGAGAACACGCUGAGAUGUUUUCACACCAGAGCCGGGUGGGCUCUGAAACUGAAAUCCAGAGACAUCUCGUCCAGCAUCAGUCUGAAGAUCUGCCUGCUCACCAUCGCCUGUCUCAUUUACCCCACAGUGCUGCUCUCCUUCAAACAAAUGACAGAAUGGAUCCAAGACUACGCUCAGAGCCUCAGGGAGAAGACAGAAGACCUGAGGAGAGAGCGACGUCUUGCAGAAGAUCUCCUGCAUCAGAUGCUGCCCAAAUCUGUGGCCAAGCAGCUACGCCAACACAAACAUGUGGAAGCUGAGAGUUAUGAGAAGGUGACUAUUUUUUUCUCAGACAUUGUGGGUUUUACUGUGAUAUCAGCCUCCUGUACUCCACUACAAGUUGUUGAGAUGCUAAAUAACCUCUACAUGUGCUUUGACACACGCAUUGACUCCUAUGAUGUCUACAAGGUGGAGACUAUAGGAGACGCGUACAUGGUGGUCAGUGGACUGCCGGAGAGAAACGGAGAUAGACAUGCAGAUGAGAUCGCUAAAAUGUCUCUGGAUCUGGUGGCCGCGGUCAGACAGGUGCUGAUACCUCACAUGCCUAACAAACGCCUUCAGCUGCGAGCCGGCAUACACACAGGUCCUUGUGUAGCUGGGAUUGUUGGUUACAAGAUGCCGCGGUACUGUUUGUUCGGUGACACAGUCAACACGGCCUCUCGCAUGGAGUCCACUAGUCUGCCACAGAAGAUUCAUGCAAGCUCUGCUACAUACCUGGCGCUCAUGAAGGACAAUGUGUAUGAACUGCAGUUACGCGGUGAGAUCGAAGUAAAGGGAAAAGGAAAAAUGAACACUUACUGGUUGAUUGGUCACAAAAACUACAGCGUUCAGAAUGACAGUUUGGUGUGUCACUGGAACCCCAAUAUCUCAAGAAAGAAAAAGGCCCCUGUGGGGAGCAACGUGUCCAUAGAGAAUUCCAGCCUCACUGUCCAGAGUAUAGGUGACAGUAUCACACCAGCCUCUCAACCUGAAGUCCUGCCCAAACUGGAGGGGUCAGAGGUCACACUGUGCGUUUCUGCACAGGUGGAGAACUGCGCGAGCAGCUUCGGGACACUGGGCUCGAUGGUGGGAGCGCUGCAGGAGGAGCAGGAGACGGAGGAUCGUCCACCCGACCAACACAAUGAGAAAACAUCUCUGCUUCCUGGCGCAGUGUCACACAGCCAAUCUGCACUGUCCGAACUGACAAAAUAAUGCGCACAAAAUGAUUUUAAAGUAUUUGCAUGAAAGUGAAUGAGGUGCUAUGUGGGCCUUUACAGUAUAUUUCAAAUAUACAUUAUUUUAUAUUCCCCCUUAAAAAAGACUAAAUACAUUUUUAGGUGUUUAAAUACAUCAAAAUCAGUAAGGAAAUGAUAUUGGUAAUGUAUAUUUUAAUAUGUAUUUAUCUAAUAGUAUUGUUACAAUGUAUUGUUUACAGGUAGCCAUAUUUACAGCUACUUGGUUUCAAACAACAAAACUUAGAUUUUCUUGCCUUGUUCUGUGUGGUUUCAUUGUUACAAUUUGCCAUAAUAUUUAAUCUUCUCUUACUCUCAAAAUAAUGCUGCUUAUCACAAAACCUCACAUAAUUAAAAAAAAAAAAAAACAGGAUUAAAUGUUUAGCUGAGAGGUGACUAUUAUUUGUCAAUGUUUUAUUUAUUACUAUUAUAUGUCAAUGUUUUAUUUGUAAAGUGAUGAUAUUUACCAAGUUUGUUCAGAGUUACCUGUCUCAAUCCAGUGUUAUCUCAAUGUUUCUGUUAUAUUUCAUGUUAUUGGUGUUAUAUUUCAUUUUGCCAUUGUUUUUCAGAACUUUCUUAAUUAUUAUUAUUUAUUUUAUUUUUUAUUUUAUUUUUUUGUAAUCUUGCCAUUUUGUUAUAUUGCCUGAGUUUUUCCACUCCAUAGAAUGUUUUUUUUUUUUUUUCUAAAAUG